CUUUCAGCUGAGCAUCUAAGGCUCAACUUGAGCCGCAGCUUGCCUGCGUUGUAGCCUCACGUUGACUGCGACUUACACUGUCUGAUGUCCAUGGCUAGCGAGUAACCUUGAAUCAAAGGAUCUCCAUAGGAAGGAUGGGCAAGACAAAAAAUGUUCUUCUUUCGGUCACGGCUGGAGUGGUCGCCGUCACUUCGCGCCUGACCGGCUUGGGCGGAGUGGCUGCAAUCGGCUGUGGUGCUCUGGUCGCUACUGCGGUUGGGAUCGCCCUUGCGAAGGUGAAGAAGGAUGGCGAUGCCGGUGCUCCGAAGAAGUCCGGCAGCAGGGGCCCUUCUCUGCCCCAAUCGGCUGCCUUCAAGCCGCUGGACAAGCUGAUGCGUGAGCGCAUCAUCUUCAUUGAUGGCGCCAUGGGCACCCAGAUCCAGAAGUUCACGCUGGAGGAGGAGGAUUUCCGCGGCGAGCGCUACGCCAAGCACAGCCACGAGCUCAAGGGCAACAACGACUUGCUGGUGAUCACGCGGCCCGAUGUGAUCAGCAAGAUCCACACGGCGUACCUGGAGGCUGGCGCGGACAUCAUUGAGACCAACACCUUCAACGGCACGUGGAUCAGCCAGUCGGACUACGAGCUGCAGGCCGACGAGGAGGUGGCUCUGAUCAACCGCACGGCCGCGCAGCUGGCGAAGAAGUGCGUGGCCGACUUCCUGGCCAAGAACCCCGGCAGCGGCCCGCGCUUUGUGGCCGGCGCCAUCGGCCCCACCAACAAGACGCUGAGCGUGUCGCCCAGCGUCGAGAACCCUGCAUUCCGCGGCAUCACCUAUGACGAGGUGGUGGACGCCUACUAUAAGCAGGCGGAGGCGCUGGUGGAGGGCGGCGUGGACAUGUUCCUGGUGGAGACCAUCUUCGACACGCUGAACGCCAAGGCCGCCAUGUACGCACUGGAGAAGUUCUUCUCCGACAAGGGCAUGCGGCUGCCGGUGUUUGUGAGUGGCACCAUCGUGGACAACAGCGGCCGCACGCUGAGCGGCCAGACCAACGAGGCGUUCUGGAACAGCAUCCGCCACGCCAAGCCCAUGGCAGUGGGCCUGAACUGCGCGCUGGGCGCCAAGGACAUGCUCAAGUACGUGGCCAACCUGGCCGCCUGCGCCGACUGCUACGUGUUCUGCUACCCCAACGCCGGCCUGCCCAACGCCAUGGGCGGCUACGACCAGAAGGGCGAUGAGAUGGCGGAGGAGAUUCGGCCCUUCUGCGAGGGCAACCUGGUGAAUGCCAUUGGCGGCUGCUGCGGCACUGGGCCGGAGCACAUUGCCGCCAUCAAGAAGAUGGCGUCCGCCUACAAGCCGCGCAAGCCUGUGACCGUGCCGCCGCUGAUGCGCCUGAGCGGCCUGGAGCCGCUGAACUACACGCCCGACGCCUCCAACAUGCGCCGCACCUUCCUCAACAUUGGCGAGCGCUGCAACGUGGCGGGCAGCAUCCUGUUCAAGAAGGCCAUCAUCAACAACGACUUCGACACCGCCGUGGCCAUCGCGCUGAAGCAGGUGCAGCAGGGCGCGGACGUGCUGGACAUUAACAUGGACGACGGCCUGAUUGAGGGCGUGGGCGCCAUGACCCGCUUCGUCAACCUGCUGGUCAGCGACCCCGAGAUCAGCCGCGUGCCGUUCAUGAUUGACAGCAGCAAGUUCCACAUUGUGGAGGCCGGCCUGAAGUGCAGCCAGGGCAAGUGCAUUGUGAACAGCAUCAGUCUGAAGGAGGGCGAGGCGGCGUUCAAGCACCAGGCGGAGGAGGUCAAGCGCCACGGCGCCGCGGUGGUGGUGAUGGCGUUCGAUGAGCAGGGCCAGGCGGCGAGCUACGAAGACAAGGUCCGCAUCUGCAGCCGCGCUUACCGCAUCCUGGUGAAGGAGGUGGGCUUUGACCCUCAGGACAUCAUCUUCGACCCCAACAUCCUGACCAUCGGCACCGGCCUGCCGGAGCACAACAACUAUGCCGUCGACUUCAUCCGCGCUACCCGCGAAAUUAAGCGCUGCUGCCCUGGCGCGAAGAUCAGCGGCGGCGUGAGCAACAUUGCUUUCAGCUUCCGCGGCAACGAGGCUGUGCGCCGCGCGUUCCACAGCGCUUUCCUGCACCACGCGUGCCUGGCUGGCAUGGACAUGGGCAUUGUGAACGCGGCCCAGGUGAAGGAGGACGAGUACAGCAAGAUCGACAAGGAGCUGCUGGAGUUCGUGGAGGACGUGCUGCUCAACAGCAAGAUCGACAAGGAGCUGCUGGAGUUCGUGGAGGACGUGCUGCUCAACAGGCGCCAGGACUCGACCGAGCGCAUGCUGGAGUACGCCGCUACCCUCGACCCCAAGAGCAAGCCCACCGCUGUGGUGCGCCUGGGAGGUGCCAGCAGCGGCCCCAAGAUCACUCCCCGCCUCAACCCCAUCCCGGCGGGCAAGGACCAGCUGGCGCCGGACGCCAAGCCGGCGCCGGUGCCCAAGUACAAGGCGUGGAAGGACGGCGUGAAGCCGACUGCCGCGUUUGUGCCGCUGGACAAGCUGAUGCGUGAGCGCAUCAUCUUCAUUGACGGCGCCAUGGGCACCCAGAUCCAGAAGUUCACGCUGGAGGAGGAGGAUUUCCGCGGCGAGCGCUACGCCAAGCACAGCCACGAGCUCAAGGGCAACAACGACUUGCUGGUGAUCACGCGGCCCGAUGUGAUUAGCAAGAUCCACACGGCGUACCUGGAGGCUGGCGCGGACAUCAUUGAGACCAACACCUUCAACGGCACGUGGAUCAGCCAGUCCGACUACGAGCUGCAGGCCGACGAGGAGGUGGCUCUGAUCAACCGCACGGCCGCGCAGCUGGCGAAGAAGUGUGUGGCCGACUUCCUGGCUAAGAACCCCGGCAGCGGCCCGCGCUUUGUGGCCGGCGCCAUCGGCCCCACCAACAAGACGCUGAGCGUGUCGCCUAGCGUCGAGAACCCUGCAUUCCGCGGCAUCACCUAUGACGAGGUGGUGGACGCCUACUAUAAGCAGGCGGAGGCGCUGGUGGAGGGCGGCGUGGACAUGUUCCUGGUGGAGACCAUCUUCGACACGCUGAACGCCAAGGCCGCCAUGUACGCACUGGAGAAGUUCUUCUCCGACAAGGGCAUGCGGCUGCCGGUGUUUGUGAGUGGCACCAUCGUGGACAACAGCGGCCGCACGCUGAGCGGCCAGACCAACGAGGCGUUCUGGAACAGCAUCCGCCACGCCAAGCCCAUGGCAGUGGGCCUGAACUGCGCGCUGGGCGCCAAGGACAUGCUCAAGUACGUGGCCAACCUGGCCGCCUGCGCCGACUGCUACGUGUUCUGCUACCCCAACGCCGGCCUGCCCAACGCCAUGGGCGGCUACGACCAGAAGGGCGAUGAGAUGGCGGAGGAGAUUCGGCCCUUCUGCGAGGGCAACCUGGUGAAUGCCAUUGGCGGCUGCUGCGGCACUGGGCCGGAGCACAUUGCCGCCAUCAAGAAGAUGGCGUCCGCCUACAAGCCGCGCAAGCCUGUGACCGUGCCGCCGCUGAUGCGCCUGAGCGGCCUGGAGCCGCUGAACUACACGCCCGACGCCUCCAACAUGCGCCGCACCUUCCUCAACAUUGGCGAGCGCUGCAACGUGGCGGGCAGCAUCCUGUUCAAGAAGGCCAUCAUCAACAACGACUUCGACACCGCCGUGGCCAUCGCGCUGAAGCAGGUGCAGCAGGGCGCGGACGUGCUGGACAUUAACAUGGACGACGGCAUGGACAUGGGCAUUGUGAACGCGGCCCAGGUGAAGGAGGACGAGUACAGCAAGAUCGACAAGGAGCUGCUGGAGUUCGUGGAGGACGUGCUGCUCAACAGGUGCGAGAACGCCACUGAGCGCAUGCUGGAGUUCGCCGCUACCCUCGACCCCAAGAGCAAGCCCACCGCCGUGGUCAAGAUUGCGUCGGCGCCUGCUGGACCCAAGAUCACUCCCCGCCUCAACCCCAUCCCGGCGGGCAAGGACCAGCUGGCGCCGGACGCCAAGCCGGCGCCGGUGCCCAAGUACAAGGCGUGGAAGGACGGCGUGAAGCCGACUGCCGCGUUUGUGCCGCUGGACAAGCUGAUGCGUGAGCGCAUCAUCUUCAUUGACGGCGCCAUGGGCACCCAGAUCCAGAAGUUCACGCUGGAGGAGGAGGAUUUCCGCGGCGAGCGCUACGCCAAGCACAGCCACGAGCUCAAGGGCAACAACGACUUGCUGGUGAUCACGCGGCCCGAUGUGAUUGGCAAGAUCCACACGGCGUACCUGGAGGCUGGCGCGGACAUCAUUGAGACCAACACCUUCAACGGCACGUGGAUCAGCCAGUCCGACUACGAGCUGCAGGCCGACGAGGAGGUGGCUCUGAUCAACCGCACGGCCGCGCAGCUGGCGAAGAAGUGUGUGGCCGACUUCCUGGCUAAGAACCCCGGCAGCGGCCCGCGCUUUGUGGCCGGCGCCAUCGGCCCCACCAACAAGACGCUGAGCGUGUCGCCUAGCGUCGAGAACCCUGCAUUCCGCGGCAUCACCUAUGACGAGGUGGUGGACGCCUACUAUAAGCAGGCGGAGGCGCUGGUGGAGGGCGGCGUGGACAUGUUCCUGGUGGAGACCAUCUUCGACACGCUGAACGCCAAGGCCGCCAUGUACGCACUGGAGAAGUUCUUCUCCGACAAGGGCAUGCGGCUGCCGGUGUUUGUGAGUGGCACCAUCGUGGACAACAGCGGCCGCACGCUGAGCGGCCAGACCAACGAGGCGUUCUGGAACAGCAUCCGCCACGCCAAGCCCAUGGCAGUGGGCCUGAACUGCGCGCUGGGCGCCAAGGACAUGCUCAAGUACGUGGCCAACCUGGCCGCCUGCGCCGACUGCUACGUGUUCUGCUACCCCAACGCCGGCCUGCCCAACGCCAUGGGCGGCUACGACCAGAAGGGCGAUGAGAUGGCGGAGGAGAUUCGGCCCUUCUGCGAGGGCAACCUGGUGAAUGCCAUUGGCGGCUGCUGCGGCACUGGGCCGGAGCACAUUGCCGCCAUCAAGAAGAUGGCGUCCGCCUACAAGCCGCGCAAGCCUGUGACCGUACCGCCGCUGAUGCGCCUGAGCGGCCUGGAGCCGCUGAACUACACGCCCGACGCCUCCAACAUGCGCCGCACCUUCCUUAACAUUGGCGAGCGCUGCAACGUGGCGGGCAGCAUCCUGUUCAAGAAGGCCAUUGUCAACAACGACUUCGACACCGCCGUGGCCAUCGCGCUGAAGCAGGUGCAGCAGGGCGCGGACGUGCUGGACAUUAACAUGGACGACGGCCUGAUUGAGGGCGUGGGCGCCAUGACCCGCUUCGUCAACCUGCUGGUCAGCGACCCCGAGAUCAGCCGCGUGCCGUUCAUGAUUGACAGCAGCAAGUUCCACAUUGUGGAGGCCGGCCUGAAGUGCAGCCAGGGCAAGUGCAUUGUGAACAGCAUCAGUCUGAAGGAGGGCGAGGCGGCGUUCAGGCACCAGGCGGAGGUGGUCAGGCGCCACGGCGCCGCGGUGGUGGUGAUGGCGUUCGAUGAGCAGGGCCAGGCGGCGAGCUAUGAGGAGAAGAUUCGCAUCUGUAGCCGCGCUUACCGCAUCCUGGUGGAGGAGGUGGGCUUUGACCCUCAGGACAUCAUCUUCGACCCCAACAUCCUGACCAUCGGCACCGGCCUGCCGGAGCACAACAACUAUGCCGUCGACUUCAUCCGCGCUACCCGCGAGAUUAAGCGGCUGUGCCCCGGCUCCAAGGUCAGCGGCGGCGUGAGCAACAUUGCUUUCAGCUUCCGCGGCAACGAGGCUGUGCGCCGCGCGUUCCACAGCGCUUUCCUGCACCACGCGUGCCUGGCAGGCAUGGACAUGGGCAUUGUGAACGCGGCCCAGGUGAAGGAGGACGAGUACAGCAAGAUCGACAAGGAGCUGCUGGAGUUCGUGGAGGACGUGCUGCUCAACAGGUGCGAGAACGCCACUGAGCGCAUGCUGGAGUUCAAGCGCCUAAGCGGCAACGUGGGCGAGAACUCCAACGCCGGUUGCUUCCUUAUCGCGACCGUCAAGGGUGACGUGCACGACAUUGGCAAGAACAUUGUGUCAGUGGUGCUGGGCUGCAACAACUUCAAGGUGAUUGACAUGGGCGUGAUGACGCCGUGGGAGAAGAUCCUGGACGCGGCUGUGGAGCACAAGGCGGACAUUAUCGGCCUGUCGGGCCUCAUCACGCCCUCGCUGGACGAGAUGGUGACCGUGGCCAAGAAGAUGGAGGAGCGCGGCAUGAAGACGCCGCUGCUGAUCGGUGGCGCCACCACCUCCAAGAUGCACACCGCCGUCAAGAUUGCGCCGGUGUACAGCGGGCCCGUGGUGCACGUGCUGGACGCCUCGCGCAGUGUGCCGGUGUGCCAGGCGUUCGUGGACAAGAACGACAAGCAGCGCCAGUCAUACAUUGAGGAGGUGUCGGAGCAGUACGCGGACCUGCGUGAGGAGUUCUACGCCUCGCUGGAGGACCGCAAGUACCUCAGCCUGGCGGACGCGCGCAAGCGGGCGCUGGCCGUGGACUGGAAGGACCCCGUGAACCAGCCCGUCAAGCCGAAGGUGCUGGGCAACAAGGUGAUCCGUGCCUUCCCCAUUGAGGAUGUGCUGGACUACAUCGACUGGAACCCCUUCUUCCAGGUGUGGCAGCUGCGCGGCCGCUACCCCAACCGCGGCUUCCCGCGCAUCUUCAACGACGCCACGGUGGGCUCGGAGGCCAAGAAGCUGUACGAGGAGGCGCAGGCCAUGCUGCGCGACUUCGUGGUCAACAAGCGCGUGACGCUGAACGCGGUGAUGGGGCUGUACCCGGCCGCCGCGGUGGGCGACGACAUCGAGGUGUACGCCGACGACAGCCGCGCCAAGGUGGUGGCGCGCCUGGCGGGCCUGCGCCAGCAGGCGGAGAAGGACGGCGGCGAGCCCUUCUACUGCAUCAGCGACUUUGUGGCGCCCAAGGGCAGCGGCGUGCCGGACUACGUGGGCAUGUUUGCCUGCUCAGCCGGCCACGGCCUGGAGAAGGUGAUUGAGGGCUACAAGGCUGCGGGCGACGACUACAGCUACAUCAUGGCGGAGGCGCUGGCGGACCGCCUGGCGGAGGCGCUGGCGGAGAAGCUGCACGAGCUGGUGCGCCGCGAGUACUGGGGCUACGCGCCGGACGAGAAGCUGAGCGUGGACGACAUGCUCAAGGUCAAGUACCAGGGCAUCCGCCCCGCGCCGGGCUACCCCUCGCAGCCGGACCACACCGAGAAGCGCACCAUGUGGGAGCUGCUGGACGCCGAGGCCGCCACCGACAUCAAGCUGACCGAGUCGCUGGCCAUGUGGCCCGCCGCCUCCGUCAGCGGCCUGUACUUCGGCGGCAAGUGCUCCAGCUACUUCGCGGUGGGCAAGAUCACGCGCGAGCAGGUGGAGGACUACGCCGCGCGCAAGAAGAUGGACAUCAAGGACGCGGAGCGCUGGCUCAGCACCAUGCUCAACUACGAGCCGUGAGCGGGCGCCGCAAGUACCGUAGUCUGGUGGUGGGCAGCAGCGGGGCGCCUAGGGAAGGAUCUGGGGUUUUCUUGCGUUGAUGUGAGGCGGUGAGCGGUUUGUGUACAGUUUUGGUCUGAGAGUGGGUCCGGUAGGGUCCUGUCGGAGCGGUCGGAGAAAGAGUUCAUUGUACCGUAUGUGCUUGUGCUGCCAGGCACCCGCGGCUCCAGAGCAGCAGGCAGGAGGUCUCGUGACGGGGUACUGCCGUCAUGCAGGGCUUAAGAGUGUUGAUUGAUGCAUGAUGCCCCCGUUCGGUUGGGCAGUAAUAGUCCGCUGUCGAGGGUGGUUGCGCUGUAUGAUGUGGUGAUUACGGCCUGGAUACGGCCAGGGGCGGGGCAGUGGCUCCGAGUGCGGGGGGCAUGCGUUACUGUUGGUAUGCUAUGGAAGGCGUGCUACCUGCUGGACUUCCAACGGAUAGUAAGUUGGUUCACCAAGCUGGUUACUGAAGAUUCGAAAGGUAUUAUAAGGGCCAGGCGUGCCCAUGAUGCGUGCCCGUUGUAAGGAACACAAGAA